CUUUUAUCAUGAAAUACGUGACGGGAAUAAUUCCAUGUAAUGAGCGAUGUACAUGUAUUUGGAAAUACGGGUCCAUACAUUCUGGAAAAUGUUUGUUGCAAAGGUAUUUUUGUUUUAAAGUGUUUGAAAGACCACAUUUACGGGCAUACCCAAACAACUAAAACAAGACAUUCCAAUUUAAGACAAGAAUACAAUUUUAAAACCCGAGGAUAAGUUCUUGAUUCAUUGUUUUGAAAUGUAACCGAAAAGAAGAACGUGUACCUUAAAAGUUUAACCAGUUUAUUAAAACUAAAACAAACGGCAUCAGAUGGCAAUGCAACCGGAAGCACGGUCCACCACGUCACUUUCAUUGGUUAUCAUACUCCUGAUUUAUGGGUCUUUUGGAGCAAUGAAUCAAUUGAUUAUUAACCGCGUUUCCAGAGAAGCGAUUGUCGUCUGCUGAUGACGUGACGUCAGCGCUAGGUUUGCCAUCCCCAAUAUGGUGAUUAUUACAAGAAUGAGAUAAAAUGGAGCUAAUAUCAUAGCUGGCUAGGAUAUCAACCACUGUGUUUUGGGUAACACGAUUAAACAAGGGUCUCGAACUCAUGUUAGACCGGAAGCAGAAUGCCUGCGCUCGAGAACGGAGACGGCUCGCUGGACAUGCGCGUAUUGUAUAGCAGAGGCGGCAAGAAGAACGGUUACCAUGGUAUCGGCGCCGACAUUGAUCAUUCGACGGGAUGGGACGACGACGAUUCCGACGAGGGUGAAGUGUUUAUGCAAGGUUCCAGACUGGACAGGUCGUCAGCAUCUAAGCCGCUAAUGUUUCCCCGUGCUCGGGCUAAAACCCACGUGGGACACGGGCCAUGUGCUCGAUGUCGGCCUAUUGUUAACGCUGUCUGCUGUUUCUUUUUCUUGGUGCUUUCGUUAGGGUCUCUAAUGGGCCUUGUUGUCUAUUUUGUAAAUAAACAUAAUCAUAAAAUCAACAGCACAUUGACUACAAUUGAGCCUGGUCCUGUUUUGCCAGACAUUAAACAAACAAGUGCUUUCGAGUUUAUAAAACAACAUAAGAUGCCGGAUUUUAGUGACGUUAUCGGGUGUGAUAACGUCAAAGUCGAGGACGUUUGGACGAUGGGUUUCCCGAAACUGCUGACGGAAUCUGCGUUUCGGCCGCUGGAUGUCAACGGGGACGGUGUACUUGACGUCAUUCUUGGCUUUGCAACAGGCUCGGACGGUAUAAAGGUGCCUGGUAUCGUGUGUGACAUUUACUUCGACGGCCGCUAUCCGUGCUUCGGUGGGCUGCUGGCGCUGGAGGGCGGCACCGGAAGGGAGAUCUGGCGCCACUACACCGACCACGAGCUGUACGGUCUUAACUGUGAGGCUGACCUUGACCAAGAUGACGUCCACGACUGUUUAGCGGGAGGCAGAGCCGGGGCGUUUGAGGCGGUGAGCGGACGGACGGGCGAGCGGAUAUGGACAUUCGGGAAACAGGAAGCUAAAAAUGAAAUUAUGAACCUGUACACGGCGCAGCUCAUACCAGAUAUGGACGAAGACGGCGUGGUAGACAUCCUGGCCAUCCAUGGUGGAGACCCGCUUCAGGAGCCCGGCAGCGAGUACCGACUAUCUGGCCGUAUCUUGCUGAUGAGUGGACGAACGGGGCACGUGCUGCAAUGGCUUGGAGUGCCAGACGGGCGCGAGUCGUACUAUUCCCCUCAGGUGUACACCUGGCCGGACGGGUCGCGCCUUGUACUGUUUGGCACGGGUGGAGAGACGCACGGGGGCUCACUCUGGGUCAUCAAGCUGAAUGACCUUAUUCGGGGUGAUAUUAAAAAGGCGCGGGCGUUAUACACGGACAAAUUCAAGGGUGUGAUGACGCCACCUGUGCUUGCUGACGUCACCCAGGACGGGGUGGAGGAUAUCAUACUGCCCAUGUUCAACUCGUCCGUCCUCGCUAUUGACGGACUGGACUUCCAUAUCAUUUGGAACUACACGUUCCCCAUGUCCGAGUCUUACCACACCCCGUCCCCCGGCUACUAUAACGACGAUGACGUGCCCGACUUCUUGGUGAAGAACGCCCGCGGACCGGGAUUUCCAGUCUACUACUACUCACAGACAACUGUGCUGGAUGGGCGGACGGGGCGGCCACUAGUAUUGCCGGCGAUGCAGGACGCCGUGGGUGCCCAAGCUUCUGGUCUCACGGUGAGCAUGGAGGGUCGCGGGAACGACCUCUUCCUGUACUGGGCGGCGGACUGCCUCAAACACGAGGGACAGGGAGGCCAGUACCGCUUUAUUGAAGGAACCAACGUUCACGAGCAGAGCCGCUCAGAUUUCUGUCGGCUGCGCUUCAAGACGAAGGGUUACAGCAAGAUAUUCGCCAUCAGCAGUAACAUCCGUCCACCCGGAACUACAGUAUAUUAUUCCGAGGAACGCAAGGCCGUGGAACAUGACAGCUGGCAGAACACGACCCAGAUGGGGAUUGACUUCGUCCUGGCGCACCCAGAGUACCUGCCCGAAUACAGGAAGUUUACCCUCCUAGACGCCGACGAGGAACCGGAAGAAGACGAUAUUGACAACCUUCAAGAUUUGAUGACGAACGAAGGCACUGAAUCUCUUUUUGAAACACCUGUGCUCGAUGAUUCAGAGAGAACAACGUAUAAAAAGGGGCCUUCAAGACCGGUUUACAACCCUGAUUACAGAAAACCUCGACCCUUCGGGUUUGAGGAUCUAGAUUAUGAAUCCCCUUAUAAUUCCGACCCCUACAAUGACAUUACGGAAGAGGAACUUGAACCCAGACGCCGGGGACCAGAACUGGGAUCGAGGGGACGGAAACCCCUACAGGAAUAUGGGGAUUACUUUCAGACAACACAGCGCACUCCAAACUAUGGACAGUUUGGUAGAGGGCAUCCAACUGGAAGACGAAAAACAUCAGGACGAUACGCAAGUUUGGUUAGAAAUGAAGGUGAGGUAAAACCUAUCGCUAUGCGUGACACUAGUGACAUGUUUAACCGUGAUAUUUAUACUAACAAUAGACAAAGAAGAAAAACAGAUUCAGUGCAAGGAAAAACUAGCUUCAAAGGUCAUUCCAGGAAAAAUAAUAAGAGAAAAGGCCGUGUGCGAAAGCGUCGUCAUGUGGGACCACACGACGAAGAUGGCCUACAGCGUCUUCUGUCAACUGGGAGUUUGAUGCCUACGUCACUGCCGGUGGAACACCCAAACUACAACAAUUCCAUAGACUUUGUGUUUGCGACUUACUGGUUCUUUCCGGCUAAAACAAGAGCGAUUCUCCCUGAGGACCAGAAAUGCAUAGAAAAGAAAAUGUCGGAGGAAACGAUUCGCUUUGACCCCAAGAGUUUGUACUACGGUAUGGACCACGACGCAUACGAGCACGCCAUCACGGACGAGUGUGUGACGGAGGGGCACCACGACCUCCCGGACGGAGGAACGUUUGAAAGCCAGACUCGCUACAACCCAUUCAACAUCCAUAUGGGUCAGAUGACCGUCUACAGAGUACGUUUGACAUGCACGUGUAGUAACAUGUCGUCACUGGCACGAAGCGGACGGCGAUGCGGGCGCGUGCUACCGUUUCCACGACAACAGUGGACUGGGUACAUGGGUAACCAUGCCAACAGUCACUGGAAACCAAGACAUGGGGACUGACAUAAUAGUAUCUGAUAGAUGUAUUUAAACCAUGAAGUCAAUGUUAUUUUAAAAUUUGUUUGUUGUAUUGGAGUGUUUUAAAAGGUUUUAGUUUGAUUAAAUGAAAUGUAUGUGUC